AUGACCGUCAACCAGUACUCAAAGACUGUACCUAUCGCCGGCAACACCCCUGCCCUUGCCAAUCCACUCACCGGUACCACCCCUGCUUCGGCACCUCCUAAGCCCCCUCCAAGGCCUCAGGUGCACUUUAAGAACGUUGUUGAAGCGGUUCCAUUGCCCUUCUCCCAGGUUCAGGAAGCUCGAAGAAACACAGAGAAGAACGAUUCCAUUCCGCCACGGGGCCCCUUCCAUGAUCCAUAUGCAGGAACAGGCAACUAUGCUGUUAAGCCUCGCACACCCAAGCCAUACUACAAUCCUUACCACAAGAGCGGCCAAGGUUCCGGCAAGAAACCUCAGUCGCAGCAACAGCAACAACCUCUAACUCAGCCCAAAAGUGGAGGCCGGCACACCAGUUAUGAUAGUGGCGAUUGGCACACACAGAAAGAGAACAGUCCUCCCAAUUACAGGGCUGACGUCUGA